AAAUUACUAAAUCGAUUAGUGAUUCAUCGAGACUCUGCUAUCGAUAUCUAUUAGCUAUCGUUAAGCUUAAUCAGCUGGGUGUGCGGGAAUGUCCCUUGAUUUUGGAGAUGCUGGAGCAAAAACAAAUAAUAAAUUACGUAGUUUAUAAUCGCACAGUAAUAACAAAUACAAUUUUAAAAAUAAUGUACUUAUAAACGCUUAUAACAGAAACAGCAAUCGUAAAAGUUAACCAAUAUCCAACAACGCGAGAAGUUAGCUUGUGAAUUUAUCUGGGGCUCUGUGAAGGAAUGUCGGAGAAAGUACCUGCUGUCGCAACUGCGUCGCAGUCGAUGGAAUGCGCUAGAUUGAGAGAAUUUAAAGGUUUCUUGAGUGAUUUAGUACGAGAAUCAGUGAAUAAUGCUGCAAGCGCCGGUGAACCAACGCGUAUCAGCAUUUCCCGUAGCAGUAAUGAAACAUAUCCGGUGCGCUCACAGGAAGUGCCCGCUGAAAUAAUUAUGUCCGUAUGGAAUCAUCUUCAAUUAAAGCAAUGUCCGCGAUUUUUCCAAUUACCCAUAUUGCGUAUUGUUGCCGCAGAAGUUGAAGAAGGGUGCCGUAAUGCCAAGGAAUGUGAGUUCAACGCCAGCGGAAAACAAGAUCAAAACAAACCGAAAACAGCAACAGAUACGGACAUCGUUUAUGAUUUGGUAAAACUACAGAAGUAUGUUGUGAACAAUUUGGAAAAGUUACUCACCCGUUUGACGGAUAAUACAGAGGCAGGCAAUUUGCAAAAUUAUGCAGAAAAAGAUGCACUGUGCGCAGAUGGUUCGAAAUGUACCUGCCAUAUUGCUGUAUCACCGCUUCCAACUGCUUACACAGUGGGUCACAUUAAAAAUAAGCCACGUAAAAUGGAGGAUCGACAUGUUUGUUUAGAGCGCUUCAGUGAUUUAUAUGAAUUAAAGCAACCGUACAGCUUUUAUGGUGUAUUCGAUGGUCAUUCAGGGCCGUUGGCGGCCAGUUACGCAACAAGCCAACUGCCAUACCUACUAGCCGAAAGCUUGAAAACCACAACCGAUGAGCUGGAUGAUGUAAAAUCUUAUCGCGAAGCUUUUGAGCAUUCCUUCUUACAAACAGAUAAAAUGUUCACACAAAAAGGCAUUUCCAGUGGUACAACUGCGGUUUGUAUGCUAUUGGCACAACGCAAACCACCAUCGUUUGAUGGGCAUUUAUAUGUCGCAUGGGUAGGCGAUUCGAAAGCAUUACUAGUUAGUCCCACGGUAAGUUUACAAUUAGUUAAACCACAUAAACCAGACGCGCCCGAUGAACGCAAGAGGAUCGAAAUGGCGGAGAGUGGUGGAACGGUUAUGUACGUUCAAGGGCAAUGGCGUGUUAAUGGCAUUUUGAAUGUAUCGCGCUCCAUUGGCGAUUAUUCCGUGACCCCAGCAAUUGCAGAGCCGGAUUUUGUAGACGUGUCGCUGACAGCGGCGCAUGACUUCAUCGUUUUGGGUACAGAUGGACUAUUCGAUCACGUAUCCGAAGCUAAAUUGGUAGACACAAUUUACAAGAUCUUGGCUGAUGCAGAGCAAAAAAUUGAAAACAUUCCGAAAAUUCUUAUAGAAUUGGCAAAAGAAGGCGACUCCCAAGACAAUAUUACAGUAGUUAUUGUAUUUUUGAAAAGACGUCUCGAUAUUGUGGAAAAUUUUAAAAGCGCAUAACUUAAAUUAUUGCAAACAAAAGUAUAAACAUAAAUAGAUGCUAACUAUAUUUUAGGGAUAUCGGCAAAUUAAUAUAAUAGCAUACCAUAUUUAGCAGAUUUUAUUUCUACACAACCAAAUUCUUUAUAGCAAUUAACAAAGUGCUUUACAGCUUAACGAGUUAACCUUUGUUUUUGGUUAUUGUAAAUAGGCUAUAUAUGUAUACUAUGUACGCUUCCAAGUGCUAAUUGAUGCCGCAUUGUUAAAUAUUUGUGCCUGCAGCAAAUUAGUAUACAUUUGCAAAUAUUUUCAUUGCUCAACAGACGAACGCGUUCAAUAAAAGUUCAAAUUUUUAUAAACACAGGUUUAUAUUUACACAAGUAAAAAUAUUACAAUGUAAUUUUAACGCUAGCGCAAGAUUAGAAAAAUAAAUACCUAUAUAAAAAUUUAAACACUUUUAAAUCCAAGCAAAUCGAAUUUAGUUUGUAGCUUAUCAACUUGACGCGAAAUUUUAAAUGGAUGUAACUUUUUUUUUUAUGGUAAUCAUACACACAUACACAUUUCUGCAUACAAAUGCACUAUGACAUACAUAUAUGAAAAACGCAAGUGCGUUAAAAUUUCUAUUUGUUACACAUUUACAUUAUAAUGGCUAAUUGUUGUUCAAAGCAGAUUUAUGUUGAUCAAAUUAAUCUUAAGGCUUUACAUAGUACUCGUAGAAAAAUGUUUGUAUGUUAAAUCAAAGUAAAUAUGUAAUACACCUAACACCACAAAAGUAUCCAGUUUUGCCCACUUCAAUUAUGUACCUACACAAAUGUAUAGUAAAAAAUUUUAAUAUUUUUACCACAGUUGUAUAAGAUUAAAAUUAAAGUA